CACUAGUUGUACCACGCUGCUCACUGCUGCACCACGAAACUCGAUAAUAUGAUGAAAAACUAGAGUUGGAGUUCCUGUUCCACUUCUCUUCCUCGUGAGAUUAAUAGGAAUACACAAAUGAUACAUCACUUAGCAAGCUUUAGGCUAAGUCGUAGGAGUUGACUUCAGCUCCUUUGCUUCUACGAAUGUUAAUCAUACAAGAUGUUUGCAGGCGAAAAAAAGAUCAAAAACGAGUGCACCUCAUCCCGAAAUGACGAAAAACUAUUAUGGAUUCCGCUUGGAAAUGGCAGUCCGGAAACCCGGAAGGGAAUCCCAAAGCGUAAGCCGAAGCAGCUUCUGAAGAACUCAGAGCAGGGUAUGGGAAAGGGAGCCAGCUUCUUAAGGUCGACUAAGAGCAGGGUAGAAGGCGUAUCCGAAAGGUGACGGUGUCCGUGAGGGACAGGGGGAGCAGGGUUAUUAUAUCCGAAAGACCACAGAGGACGAGGAGGAGAUGGCUUUUCAAAGAAGGAUUACUUAUACAAUGCAUUCGGCUCAACGGACUUCUAAAAUUAUUAGACGAUGGAGGUUUGGGUUGCAUUUUCCUAGUGCCGUGAUCCCAUGGAUCAUAUUAUAACGGCCUGACACAGCGUUGCUAUGCCUAAGAACGAGCAUGAAUAAAGGCGCAGUAAAUUUUUUCCUUGUCGAAGAUCGAUGCGAAUCGCCUAAAAAUGAGGCUUUCCUCUCUCACAAUAUGUUUUCGGGAUGCAGUUGUUUCGAAAAGACUCAUUGUUGACAACAAUCUGUAGCUUCAACAGUCAUCGAUCUCAAUCACUUCAAAAAAGAGUCAUGUGCACAAUUAUCUCUCUUGCGAAGAAUGAAUGUUCUUGAAUCAGCUUUGCCUUUGCCUCGUCAUGCUAGGAGUUGUAUGUGUUUAUAAGGAUUCAAAACUUUGAUGAAUUUAGUAGAAGUACGAUUUCCACAAGAUCAUAGAUAGAAUAUUGACUUUCGAAAUUAAUCAGAAGAUGCGCACCUCUUGUUCGUGUCAUUCUGAAACAGCUUUAUGCGACAGAACAUGAC